AUAAUCAGUUUUUUGUCUGUGGUUUGGUUGGUUCAGUUUUGUUCGUGUUAGGAAGAUUUCUCAAGAUUUAUCAGAACCAGUAAAAUAAAUACAUAGUGUAGACAAUGAAUAAUUGUCUCUAACUUGUGUAGUUCGCGCAAAAAAUUUGUUAUAAGUCGAAAAAUGAAGCCUCUAAUAGAUUUCGAUGAAUGUCUCAGAGACUCCCCAAAAUUUAGGGAACAGCUGGAAACCGAAGAGGCUAGUAUCGAGGCUUUAGAACAAAAGCUCGAUAAAGUUCUAAAGAAUUGUUCUGUUAUGAUCGAAACAGGCAAAACAUACAUGAGUCAGAGAAGCACAUUUACAAAUGCACUAUGGGACCUCACAAGCACCUUCUCAGAGGAUGCAACGGUCCAAGCAUCACUCAACCGCAUGAUACAUGCCUUGCAAGAGAUGACCAAGUUCCAUUCAAUAUUGUUGGAUCAGGCAUCGCGAACCAUACUCAAGAAUCUUACAGCUUUCAUCAAAGUUGAUAUAAAGGGUGUUAAGGAAAGUAAACAUCACUUCGAUAAAAUCUCAAAUGAUCUGGAUUUAGCUUUAAAUAGAAACUCACAGGUGUCUCGACAUAAACCAACUGAUGUGGAGGAAGUAGUGAAUCUCUUACUAGCAACUCGUUCCUGCUUUCGUCAUACGGCCUUAGAUCAUGUGCAGAAGAUUACUAUGUUGCAGGCUCGGAAGAGACACGAAAUACUGGCCACUUUCCUGUCGUAUUUGCAAGCGUGCUGCACCUACCAUCACCAGGGUGCCGAUCUGUCAGAAGACCUGGAACCAUUUCUUAAGUUGACAGCUGACGAGGUUGCAACAAUGCGCAACGAUACAAAAAUACUUGACAAGGAGAUGGAAAAUCGACACACGAUUGUCAAUAGCAAAGACACCGUUUUACCGAGCUGUAAAUCAGUUCCCACUGAACGAGAUAGUAAGGAUGGACUUUUGAGUACGCCGUCAUUGAAAAAUUUGCCCAGAAUGCAGGGUUAUCUGUUCAAAAGGACAUCGAAUGCUUUCAAGACAUGGAAUCGACGAUGGUUCUAUUUGUACGAUAAUCGCCUCGUGUAUAGGAAACGAACAGGCGAACUUAACGUGACGGUGAUGGAGGAGGACCUGAGACUUUGCACGGUGAAGCCGGUGCUCGACGGCGAGAGGCGAUUCUGUUUCGAAGUCCUGUCGCCUUCCAAAAGCCACAUGCUCCAAGCGGACUCGGAAGAGAUGCUCACGUCGUGGAUCUCGGCGCUGCAGAACGGCAUCCGCUCCGCCAUCCAGCAGGGCCAGAGCCGCGACAACCCCGACUCGCAGAUGGUGCUGGUGCCAGACACGCGCACCACCGCGCCCGCCAUGAAGAAGAUCAGAAUAUGGGAACAAUUACUUAGUAUACCUGGUAAUAAUUACUGUUGCGACUGCGGCAGUCCGAACCCGCGCUGGGCCAGUAUUAAUCUCGGAAUAACUUUAUGUAUAGAAUGUUCAGGUAUCCAUCGUUCGCUCGGCGUGCACGUUAGUAAAGUAAGAUCUCUCACUCUAGACGACUGGGAACCAGAUAUUAUUAAGGUUAUGGCAGAGCUAGGCAACAAAAUAGUCAAUUUAAUAUAUGAAGCUAAUACAGAAGGGACCACCAUCACUAGAGCCACCCCAGAUUGCGAAACUUCCGUCCGGGAAGCAUGGAUUCGAGCAAAAUACGUGAAGCUCGAAUUCGUAAAAAAUAUAGUGAACACAACAAUGUCCGACUCCAUACAAGAAUCACCUUUGCGAAAUGGCAGACGGUGGUCCGUUCGGAGAGCGAGGCGGAGAGUACGCGCUCCGCCUGUCGUGCCGGAAACUAUCCAAGACGAGAAAAGUGACGUCAAUAGUAAUACCAGCGCGUCGGAGAGUUCGAGCAAGUCUGAAGGCAGCCCCGUGCUGCUCAUCGGCACGGAGCUGGCGGCCGAGCGAGCGCUGGACCUGGCGCUGCCCUCCGACCACGACUCCACGGAGGGCGAGGACGACGACAUCGGCGCGGAGGACAUGUCGGCGCUGUCGGCGGACGCCGUGCUGACGCGCGCGGCGCGGGCGCACAACGUGUGCGUGAUGCGCGCGGCGCUGGCGGCGGGCGCCGACGUGGCGCACGCGCACGCGCGCCUACGCACGCCGCUGCACGCCGCCGUGCUCAGUGGUUCUGUGAUGGCGUGCUCGUUUCUACUACUCAAUGGAAGCAAACUUAAUGCACAAGACGAAGAUGGCAUGACUCCCUUACAUCUCGCAACCGAAGCCGGUCAUACCGGACAGGUGUGCCUGCUGCUGCGGUACCGCGCCGACCAGUCGCUGGCGGACGGCGCGGGCCGCACGCCGCUCGACAUCGCCGUGGCGCACGCCAACGCGGACAUCGUCACGCUAUUGAGAUUAACAAAGCUGAAUGAAGAGAUGCGGGAAAGUGAGAUGUCGUCCAACGACGACACGUACAACGAAGUGUUCCGCGACUACACGCAGCUCGCGCACUCGCACCCCGAGCGGCUCGUGCGCGCCAAGCACAACAACAACGACGGUGAACAGGUGAAUAGUGAAUGACGAAUAGAGAAGAAGUUGCGACGACUACAUCUGUGGUGGCGAGCCGAUUGAACCGUCUGAUACAUACGAACGAUAAUAACCGAAUAUAAUCCGAAUGGCUUGUCGUUUACCAUUGUUUUAUAAUUUAAAAGUAAAAAUAAGCCAAUUCGCUACACUAUACAUAAAAUGGUGGUAUUAUGUUUGCAGUAUAUCGAUUGUUGUUAUAAAUUGUAAGUUAUAACGAUGUCAGAUAAUAAUCGAUUUUAUUUUAAUGUGAUGUGACACCAUAUUGUCUAUUAAUGUGUGAAUGAAAACGUUAAUAACGAAUUACUUUAAUAUUUUAUGAUAGAUAUUAUAUAAAAAAAAAGCUGUAUUUGUUAAAAAAAAAUUCUCAUUAAUAUACUUCAAGUAUAUAUUAAAAUUUAUUAUUUUUGGUAUUAAAUUAUGGAAGUGAUCUCUUAAAGAAAUAAUUGAGGCUUAAAAAAAUAUCACGGAGAAAAUAUAGCUGCCAAAUUCCUAAUGUAAAGACUUAUUCACCAUAUCUUCCGGAAAAAUAUGUAUAAAUAACCUUAAUAUAAUUAUAUAUUUAAUGCCAUAUAAGUGGUUAUGUGAUGUGCUUUUAUAUAUUAAACCAAAGAUUUGUUUAUGUAUGGAUACAGGCUUAGCGUUGUAAGAUUGCUUUGGGGUCAGGGAACAGUUACUCAACUAUUACAUAUAACGCUUGCCGAUACAGAAAAGAUUUAUAAAUAGCGGAGAGUACUGAUAUAACUAUGUAUAACAAAGUAAAUUAAAGUCACUUAUAAGAUUA